CAAAUAAAAAAAGUAAUGUCAAAUGCUGGCGUCCGUUUGAGUUUGGAUAGAUUUUGCGUUGUUUUUGAAAUUGAAGAAUAUAAUUUUAAUUUUUAGGGUUAUUUACACAACUAAAGUAUCAGAAUGAUGGAAAAUUCGGUAAACGAAGGUGAGGUGCAUGAGUCAUUUCGAUCGCCACCUCGGCGAAGGCGGUCUACAUUCUUUGAAAGACGAGAUUCAGUAGUACCACAACCACUAUCAGAAAACAUUGAUCCAAGUCAAUGUGCAAAAAGCUCGACGGAAAAUGAUAAACACAAUCAGGAAUUGCAAACGUACUACGAGAAACUGCUGGUAGAAAAAGAACAGUGGAAGAAGGAAGUAAACAAUCGACGAAACAAGUACCAUGACCUACGACAGCAAUAUCAGAUGGCAGUAAAAGCUUCAAGCAGAUCAAGAAUUUCUUAUUCAGCACUUUCUAACGAAGACAUUGAGUUUCUAAAAAUGAAACCGAACAUUUCAAAACUUGUUGAGAGCCAAUUGAAGUUGCACAAAUCAGUGAAAGAAACAAGGGCUUUGUACAGGAGGGCCAAUGAGCUGGAUGAUGUCAUAUUGAGUUUCAGUGAAGAUAAAAUUAAUAAAGUAACAGAGUAUAUCCUUGAAAACAGUACUGUUGAACCAGUUGAAUAAAACUUUGUAUUAUAGAUUGGUACUUGUAAAUAUAAUAUUAGGAGUAAAACUUCAAAUUCAUCAUACAGGCUCAUAUUUAUGACUUGUUUUUAAAAUAGUGUUGUUUCAGUGCCAUGGUACGCCUUUCAAGAUUGUGUAUUUAAUAAAUCAAAAUAUUAACAAGUUUCAUAUAAAUGCCUAUACUGUAAAUAAUAAUUUAAUGUAGUUUUUAAAAUAAUUAUUGUACUUUGUACAUAACAUUAAGUAGUGUAAAUAUUUUUACAAUAAAAUAC